UCACACCGGCUCAUAUUUUGUUUUUUUGUUGCUGUUCGCUGACUUGUUUUAUGUUUAAUCAAAGUUGCGCAUAAAUUUUUCUGCAAAUUGUUUUCAAUUUACGCAUUUAAAUGCAGCUGCCCCUUUUUGGUUGCUUGUGCUAGGAGUCGGGAUAUUGGAUAGUCAUAUACACACAUAUACACUCACAGAACGAAAGGAAGGACUCAAGGAUACAAUUCAAGGACUGCAGCAACAAAAACACAGCAAACGAUGUCGGUGGCCGGGCUUCGACAAUGUCUGCUGCUCUGGAGCGUCGACUAUUGGAACUUGGAAGUCAUGGCAGAAAAUGUCUUCAAGUCGCACGAUAUCGGGCUGCGGGCGCAGAAGAAAAUCUUCUCACGCAUGGCCACCAAAAACAUUGCGAAGACCUUUAUUGACGGGACAACGGCCUCGCUGCUGGACAACCUGUACAAGUUGUGCAAGAUGCAUACCGGGAACAAGGCCAAGGCGGAGAAGCUGAUCAAGAACAUCAUCAAGAUCGUGAUCAAGAUCGGGGUUCUCCACCGGAACAAUCAGUUCAGCGAGGAGGAGCUGCAAAAGGCGGAGAACUUUAAGAGAAAGUUUCAGAACACCCAGCUGUCCAUUAUAUCAUUCUACGAGGUGGACUUCACCUUCGACCUGGCCUACCUGCAAAAGUCAAUAGCCGAAUCGCAAGUGGCGCUGAAGUCGAUUGUACAGCCGCAUCUCACAGAGAAAUCGCUGGGCCGCAUCGACGAGGUGUUCGAUUUCUUCGGGGAAGAGACGCUGCUGGAAACGGCUUUCCGAUCGGACUCCCCCUAUCGCGAGGUGAUGGGAAAGAUCGUGGCCGACAUUAAUGCCGCGAUGGAAUCGGGGGACAUCUGAGGAGAUCCGGAAACCGAACUGAGCUGUCAUGCGUGCUAUGAAAGAAAGGCUAUCUAUCGAAACCAAAAAGCAACCAGUAGCUAGUUGCGAAUGGAAAACGCUUGCUUAAAAGCUCACCCACCAACACCAAAAUACAAAGUCUAGAUAUAGAUAUGGAAGAGCAGCGACAGUGAGGAAACGGCUGGAAAAGAAAUGAAAAAGACAUGGGUUUAAACAAGAGUUUAAUUUAGUUUAACUAGUGAUAUACCAUUGACAACAAUAUCAAAAGUGUAAAGACGUCCGUAUUGAUUAUUUUGAUGACAACGUUAACAUUUGUGUACUCAAGGUCUAUAUAGUAAUAAUUAGGAAAAACCAAAUGCAUUUCGCCAAAGGAAUUCACCAAACGGAAAUUGUAAACUCGAGCAAAAUGCUUUUAUCGGUGUGUAAGUCGUUGAUCGUAUGCGUGCGUGUAACUUUAUAUGUGUAAGUCUAAUUGUUAAAUGGGAAAUACUUCAGCACAUAAGCAAUUAUUCGUGGUCUACUUUUUGAUACUCUAAAACUCGCUGUAUCCAAUCGCAAUUAUCUGUAUAUGUAACCCACAAAACACCGUCUUAGUAAGACUCCUACGUACUUAACUGAUCGUUGCUGAUCGGAAUCACAUAAAUCACCUGUAAACGUUAGUCCAUGCUAAGUUGGUUAUGCUAAGUUGUCACCAGAACCUGUUUACCACUCGACUCCUUUUGUCUGAGAGCCAGUUCCGCACAUCUAUUUGUAUUUCUUUAUGUAUUCCAAGCCUCAAAGGGGUCAGUAACCUUAAGCAUUAUUUAUGAUACUCCCACAAUGAUAUUCCAACUACCCGAAACAUAUCGAAACUAUCUGAAAGCAAACAAUGCUAAGGGGACAAUAAGUUGUUCGAAUUUUUCAGUGACUUCUGAAUCGAUGUUUCAAACGGAGGAAGCACAAUUUUAGUCGUUUAGAUUUUAAAUAUUUAUUUGUUUACCAACAAAACAAUGUUGACUAUAAAAAUAAAAGCAACAAUUACCAAAAA